CCGGGUGUCACCUGAUUAUCCAGUCCUGUGUGGUGCAGGCGGAAGCUAAGCUAGCUGUUAUGAUAGCACGAGUUGGUUGAAAUAUCCUAUGUUUUCAUAUUUAUUGUGGAGCGUCAGAAAUAUUGUACACAUCGCACGUCAGCAAAGGCUCACGCAACGACAGGAAAUAAUGCGGCGGUGGGUGAACGGGAGGAAGCUGUGACAUGAUAGCUAGCUUUUUUGUAGCCAUGUCGUCUCUGAAUUGACUCGUCACUGUCCUGUUUAUGUGGAGAUCAUUUAUUUACUGGUACUAAAAUAAGGCGAAUUAAGGUCAUUUCAACUAUGGCUUCCAUUCUCGACGAGUACGAGGACUCGCAAAACAUAAGGCAGCAGCACAGCCGUUUGUCAAGCACCAACAUCGGAAUAGCACACUCAGGCUUUGUGAAUGUGAGGCUUGAAGAAGAGAAGCCGAUAUUCAACAAGCAGAGGAUCGAUUUUACUCCACCAGAGAAAAUAAACCAUCUUGCAGUUUGCAACAAUCAGCUGUGCAUGAGUCUGGGGAAGGACACCCUGCUGAGGAUUGACUUGGCCAAGCCAGAUCAGCCCAAUCAGAUUGAAUUAGGAAGGAAAGAUGACAGUAAAGUGCACAGACUCUUCCUGGACCCCACUGGCUCCCAUGUGCUGAUCAGCAUGAGCUCCUGUGAGUGUCUGUACCUCAACAGGAACACACAGAAGGCACGCAGCUUGUCCCGCUGGAGAGGCCAUCUCAUUGAGAGUGUUGGCUGGAACAAGGUGCUGGGCAAUGAGACCAACACAGGGCCCAUCUUAGUUGGCACCAGUCAAGGCAUCAUUUUUGAGGCUGAGAUCUCCGCAAGUGAGGGCAGCCUGUUCAACACCAAUCCAGACCAAUACUUCAGACAGGUCCACUGUCUGGAGGAGGAUGGGAAACCAGCACCCGUCUGCUGCCUGGAGAUAGAGCGUGGCCUGGAGAGCAAGUACUUUAUCAUCGCCACCACCCGCAAACGCCUGUUCCAGUUUGUGGGUAAGGUGGCCGAGGGGACAGAGCAGCAAGGCUUCAGCACUAUCUUCAACCAGAACCAGGACCUGUUGCCCAGUUUCCAGGAGUUUCCAGCCAACAUGGGCUACAGUGAGAUCACGUUCUACACCUCAAAGCUUCGAACCUCCCCUAAGGCGUUUGCCUGGAUGAUGGGUAAUGGAGUUCUUUACGGUCAGCUGGACUACGUGAGGCCUGAUUCCCUGCUAAGUGAUGUGCAGGUAUGGGAGUACACUCCGGACAUUGAUAUUAGCCUCAACAAGCCCAUCUCCAUUGUGCUGACACAGUUCCACUUCCUGUUGUUGCUUCAUGACCGAGUCAAGGCCAUCUGCACCCUGAAUGGGCAGGUGGUUUAUGAGGAUGUGUUCCCAGAUAAAUUUGGCUCCCUUAAGAAGAUGAUCAAGGACCCAGUCGGGGGGUUGGUAUGGAUCUACACUGAGCAGGCAGUCUUCCGAUAUCAAAUCCAACGUGAGGCCAGGGAUGUGUGGCAGAUGUACAUGAGCAUGAAUAAAUUUGAUCUGGCAAAGGAGUACUGCCGUGACCGGCCUGAGUGCAUGGAUAUGGUCCUGGCUAAGGAGGCUGAGCACUGCUUCCAGAAUAAACGAUACCUGGAGAGUGCCAAGUGCUAUGCGCUGACACAGAACUAUUUUGAAGAGAUAGCACUCAAGUUCAUCGAAGCCAAACAGGACGAAGCCUUAAAAGAAUUCUUACUGAAGAAGCUAAAUAAUUUGAAAAUGAGUGAGAGAACACAGAUCACCCUGCUGGUCACCUGGCUAACCGAGCUCUACCUGAACCGUCUUGGCCAGCUGGAGAGUGAUGGUAACACCAUCAUCUUCCAGGAGACCCGUGAAGAGUUCCGCAACUUCCUCAGUAGCUCGAAGCACAAGGAGUGCCUUUUCAACAAUCGCAGCACCAUCUAUGACCUGCUGGCCAGCCACGGCAAUGUGGAUGACAUGGUGUACUUCUCCGUUGUCAUGCAGGACUACGAAAGAGUGAUAUCCCACUACUGCCAACACGAUGACUUCAGCGCUGCUCUUGGGGUGCUCUCCAAGCACUGUGAUGAGAAGCUUUUUUACAAGUUUUCCCCCGUCCUCAUGCAACAUAUUCCCAAAAACGUGGUGGAUGCAUGGAUUCAGAUGGGCAAGAAGCUGGAUCCAAAGAAGCUCAUUCCAGCUCUGAUGAACUACAGUCAGAUGGGCAGCACCCAGCAGAUCAGUGAAACCAUCCGCUACAUGGAGUUCUGUGUGUAUGAGCUUAAUGUGACAGAGGAGGCGAUCCAUAACUACCUGCUGUCACUUUAUGCCAAAUAUAAGCCUGCCUCUCUGCUGUUGUAUCUGGAGCAGGCAGGCACACACGCCUCAGAGAUACACUAUGACCUGAAGUAUGCUCUCAGGCUGUGUGCUGAACAUGGCUACCUCAAGGAAUGUGUCCUGGUCUAUAGGAUAAUGGAGCUGUAUGAGGAGGCAGUAGAUCUUGCUUUAAAAGUAGAUGUGGACUUGGCCAAGUCAUGUGCUGACCUGCCCGAGGAUGAUGAGGAACUGAGGAAGAAGCUUUGGCUAAAGAUUGCCCGGCAUGUUGUGCAAGAAGAGAAAGAUGUAAAGAAAGCCAUGAACUGCCUGUCCAGCUGCAAUCUACUCAAGAUUGAAGACAUACUGCCCUUCUUCCCAGACUUUGUCACCAUUGACCACUUCAAGGAGGCCAUCUGCAGCUCCCUGGAGGAGUAUAACCAGCACAUUGAUGAGCUGAAGCAGGAAAUGGAGGAAGCUACAGAAAGUGCCAAACGAAUAAGAGAAGACAUCCAAGAAAUGAGGAACAAAUAUGGUGUAGUGGAUUCCCAAGAAAAGUGUGCUGCCUGUGACUUCCCAUUGCUCAACAGACCCUUCUAUUUAUUCCUUUGUGGACACAUGUUCCACAAUGACUGCCUGUUUCAGGAAGUCACCCCUCACCUGUCUGCCUACAAGCAGAGUCGCCUGGAGGAGCUACAGAAAAAGCUUGCCGCAACCACACAAUCCUCCAAGUCACGCCACCGUCCAGUCCCCAAGGAUGAGGGUGAUACUUCCAGUCUGGGAAAGGGCAAUGCUGGCACAAGCCGGGAGCAGAUAAAAUCAGACAUUGAUGACAUCAUUGCAACUGAGUGCGUGUACUGCGGCGAACUAAUGAUCAAAUCUAUUGACAAGCCAUUCAUUGAUCCACAUAAAUUUGAGGAGGAGAAAUCCAGCUGGCUAUGAAUUGGGGAUUCAUCUUCUCCCAGUAGGAUGUACACCUAUGUCAACCCACUAUCUGUGUGUCGGUGAAACUGCAUCAUCCAUAGGACAGGCCUAUGAUGAAUGUGCUUGCUGUUGAAAACUGUGUGUGCUUCAUUUGCUCUUUACAGAAUACAUCUUUUUUGUUGGUAGUAUUUGAAGCAGACUUUGAGACCGUAGCACUUUAUAUGGGAGCAUUGACAUUGAGUGAUGAUCCGAAAUAAUGUGGUGAGGUAUAACAGUGCCAGAGAUGUACAGUACAUAGACGUGCCUGAACCUAUGAAUAUGAUGGUUGAAAAUGAUUCAAAUGUAACUGCACUAUACGUUUACUAACUGCAUUAGCUUAUGCACUUGUUUGGUCGAUUAAAGCAUAACAUCCAU